AUGGAGGAGAGCAUGGAGGAGGAGGAGGGCGGCGGCUACGAGGCGAUGAUGGACGACCAGAACCACAACCACUGGGAGGCCGCCGCCGGCUUCCGCCCGCCGCCCGCCGGCCUGGCCGCCCCGGCCCGCCCGCACCCGCCCCCGGCCCCGGCCGCGCCCGCCCCGCGCAAGGCGCUGCCCCGGGACGGGCCCGCGCCCGAGCACAACGGGGUCGUCGCGCUGCUCAAGGGCUGCGACGCCGCCGCGCUCGCCGCCCCCGCCGGGCCCAAGGCCGCCGCCCCCGGCCCCGGCCCCGCCGGCAACAUCAACACCUCCGCCUCCAAAUUCUUGAUGAAUGUUAUAACCAUUGAAGAUUAUAAGAGCACAUACUGGCCAAAAUUGGAUGGUGCCAUAGAUCAGCUUUUAACCCAGAGUCCUGGUGACUAUAUCCCCAUAUCCUAUGAACAGAUAUACAGUUGUGUGUAUAAAUGUGUGUGCCAGCAGCACUCGGAGCAGAUGUAUAGUGAUCUGAUUAAGAAGAUAACCAGUCACUUACAGAGAGUCUCAGAGGAGCUGCAGGCCAGCCCUCCAGAUCUUUAUAUUGAAAGAUUUAAUAUAGCUCUUGGACAAUAUAUGGGAGCAUUGCAGAGCAUUGUGCCUCUUUUCAUAUAUAUGAAUAAGUUUUACAUCGAAACCAAGCUUAACAGAGACUUAAAAGAUGACCUUAUAAAGCUGUUUACGGAACAUGUUGCAGAAAAGCACAUUUAUAGCCUAAUGCCUUUACUUUUAGAAGCUCAGUCAACACCAUUUCAGGUCACACCAUCAACUAUGGCAAAUAUCGUGAAAGGCCUGUACACCCUCAGACCAGAGUGGGUUCAGAUGGCUCCAACUCUGUUUUCUAAAUUUAUUCCAAACAUUCUCCCUCCGGCAGUGGAAUCUGAACUUUCGGAAUAUGCUGCCCAAGAUCAGAAACUUCAGAGAGAACUUAUACAGAACGGUUUUACAAGGGGUGACCAGUCCCGGAAGAGAGCUGGGGAAGAGUUGGCAUAUAACAGCUCAUCCACAUGUGCGAGCUCUCGAGGGUACAGAUAGUGAAUGGUCCGGUGUGCUUUCCUUUCCAAGAGGCCACCCGGAGCUGAGGAGCGAGCUGCAGACUGCAGGCAGAGGCAGCGGGGCCCUGCUGACACCCGUUCUGCCACACAGCUAUUCUGGAAGAUCACACAGGACUUCUUCCUUU